GGGUCCGACCCUCGGACAGCUACAGCCCCUUUUCCGGCUGUGUGCUGCUCUUCCCAACAGCCCCCUCGACCGCGUUCCUCCUCCGCGAUGAGCGACGCGGCCACGGGCCCGUGCGGACGCUGAAGAGGCCAGUGCCGGCGGGCCUGAGUCUCGCGCGCGUGUUGCUGGGUAACGGGGCUGCUCCAGGAGGUGGCUCGGGCCUCCAGUCUUGGCUUGCCUCUCCUUUCCGAACCUCCAGGGCCCGGGCCAAGAAAUUGGGGACGAAACGGUCAUAGUGCAGUCGAGGCCAAGGAAAUGGGAAUCCCUCCGCGGUGUUCCCUGAGCGGCUGCCUUCGCUGGAGAACCGGCUGUGUCUUCGAGGAAACCGGAAGCCCGUGGUGACCCCUGGCGACCCGGUUUGUUUUCGGUCAGUCUCUAAACACUGGGGAAUCGAAACUCGUCUGGUCUACGUAGCCUGUCUUCGGGUGGUCAUGGAUACACUGGUAGAAGAUGAUAUCUGCAUUCUGAACCAUGAAAAAGCCCACAGGAGAGAGACAGUGACUCCAGCCUCAGUAUAUUCAGGAGAUGAGUCUGUCGCUUCACAUUUUGCCCUUGUCACUGCAUAUGAAGACAUCAAAAAACGACUCAAGGAUUCAGAGAAAGAGAACUCUUUCUUAAAGAAAAGAGUAAGAUUUUUGGAAGAAAAGCUUAUAGGAGCUCGAUUAGAUGAAGAAACAAGUUCAGUGGGACGAGAACAAGUAAAUAAAGCCUAUCAUGCAUAUCGAGAGGUUUGCAUUGAUAGAGAUAAUUUAAAGAGCAAAUUGGAUAAAAUGAACAAAGACAACUCUGAAUCUUUGAAAGUGUUGAAUGAACAACUGCAGUCUAAAGAAGUAGAGCUCCUCCAACUAAGGACAGAGGUGGAAACUCAGCAGGUGAUAAGGAAUUUAAAUCCCCCUUCAUCAAACUGGGAGGUAGAAAAGUUGAGCUGUGACCUGAAGAUCCAUGGUUUGGAGCAAGAACUAGAACUGACGAAGAAAGAAUGUAACAAUCUCAAAAUAGAGCUACAGAAAGCCAAACAAAUGGAUCUAUCUCAAGAAGAAAAUCUGCAGAGCAGAGAUCUCCAAAGACUAAGCAUUUCAAGUGAUAAUAUGCAAAAUGCAUACUGGGAACUGAAGAGAGAAAUGUCUAAUUUACAUCUUGUGACUCAAGUACAAGCUGAACUACUAAGAAAACUGAAAACCCCAGCUGCAAUCAAGAAAGCCUGUGUUCCUGUAGGUUGCAUGGAAGAUCUUGGGAAAGACAGCACAAAGCUACACUUGACGAAUUGCACUGUAACAUACAAAAGACACCCCACUCUCUCACCAGAUGGCAAAACUCUAUGUAAUACCACAUCUUCCCCUUUACCAGGAGAUGUAAAAGUUUUAUCAGAGAAAGCAAUUCUCCAAUCAUGGACAGAUAAUGAGCGACCCAUUCCUCAUGACUGUACAAACUUUCAAGAACACAACUCUUAUGGCAGAAAUUCUCUGGAAGAUAAUUCUUGGGUAUUCCCAAGCCCUCCUAAAUCAAGUGAGACAGCAUUCGGGGAAACUAAAAAUAAAACUUUGCCUUUACCGAUCCUGCCACAUUACUUGGAUCAACAUAAUCAAAACUGUCUUUAUAAGAAUUAAUUCUGAACACAUUCAUGAUUUGGUCAGGAGGUUGCUGUACCUCCUGUAGUGGUUCUCUUGAGAAAUAUUUAAUAAACUGAAAGUGGGUUUUGAUUAAAAUUUUGCAGGGUUCUUCAAUGUACACAUUUGCACAUACUGUACCAUAUUUCAUAGUUGAUUUUUCCAGUAUGAAAGAGCAACACUCCAGCUUCUAUUCUGGCUAAGAAUCAGAUAUAUGCUAAUAAUAAAUUAAUAAACUUGAGGUGUUUCAAAAAGACAAUUCUACCUUUGAUAAUGAUUGUAAAUUUCUGCCUCUCACAUAAAGAAUGUAGUUGAAAGUUUUUAGACAUGGUUUUACAAAGCAUAUGAAAUACCUAAACUGCUGUUCAUUAAAAAUAGAGGAGGCUAUUAAUAUAAGAAAAAAAUUACAUAAGUUGCAAAAAGGAGCAAAUGGUGAUGUGAAUGGGUUUUAUUUCUGUUGACUUUAUAGUGCAUAAAGAGGAAAAAUAUAAACAGUGGAAUAAUAGUAUGUAGGUUAUUCCAUCUCUAUAUGCUAUUGUGUUUCAAAGUUUUAAAUUUUAAAUCAUAGUGUUGAUAAAAUUUAGAAUUGCAAUUUGAACUUUAAAACUUGAAGCAGCCUGAUCAUUGAAGCCAACUUUGUCCCUCAAGUCCUAACUGAAAAGUGAUGAAAUAGUUAAAAUCUGUGUGGUGCGUGAAUAAACUAUUAUAAUUCUGUACAUCAACCAAUUAGAAGUGAAAAGAACAUCACAAAGGUUUGUUUAAUCUGUCCCUUCAGCAUCCAUAAUGAAAAUCUAAAUGUGUAACUAUAAAGUCAUUUUCUUCAAAGUACUGUUAUGUAGACGAGCUUAUAAAUUGUUACUUUGGUUUGAAAUGUAUCAUUUUACUCAGUGGUUUUUAAUUGAUUUAGGAAUUUAAAUCUAAAAUUCUGUGCUGUAUUGAUACAAUACAGUCAUAAAAUGUCCCCAAACUCCUGAUUCUAUGUGGCCUAUCAUUUGUAAACAAAUAAGGACAUAACAAGGGUGGCUUCACAUGGAAACUUACCCAAGUUAUUUCAGGGCUGCAGAGUUAAGAAUAUCAGUAAUAAAAUUAUUACUUGACUCAUAUAUCUUUUGCCUGAGAUAAAGUGUUUCAUGUAGGAAACCUUUAGCCUUUUUAAUAGACAGUUUCAAAUGUCUGUCUUGAACUCAAGAAUAUCACAGAUCUCUUCUUUAUUAACUGAAUAGCAUACAUACAUACAUAAACAAUGUUCACCGUUCACCAGAUAUUUGUCUUUCUAUUACCUCACUUACUCAAGCUUGUCUGUGAUUAAUGGAAUUGGUGUCAGAUGCUGGAAUUUAUUCUGACCAAUGAACACAGCUGACUCAAGGGAGUGGAAUCUCCUGUCAAGUAACAAAACAAAAUAUGCAUAAAACAAAUACAAGAUUCCAGGCUUUAGCUGAAGGAAGCAACUACCUGUGUAAUACCACAGCAGCAGAAACUAUUUCUCAUGAAGCUGCAUAGACUGUAUAUUAUAUCUAAUCUCUAAGCUUACUGGUUUGCCUUUUUUAAAACCAAGAUUGGAAAUUUUACAAUGUAAAGAGAAUAAGUUGUAUAGGAUAAUGGCUUGAUUAAUGCU